CGGUAAGGCUGAAGAUGCGUUUUCUGCCUAGUUUUGACUUUUGAGCGCGCAGUUUGUACAGUUUUGGCAAGAGGAUUCUUGUUCCCACCUGUUCCUUCCGAGUCCGACUGGUGUAUUUUGCGGAGAGAUGUGCAGAUCGAUAAUUAAUGCCCCUACAGACGAGAGAGCGAAAGGGGUGGCAUGACAUUCCGUUAAGUUACAGUGUCAGUGUGAUAAGAUGAGGAGCCGACCACUCAUCUUCCCUUUCUGACAGCUGCAGCUUCUGGUUCUCCGUCGAGUAAAUCACAACUAGAAAGCAACAGGAGCACGCAAUGUCACAGCUUUAUUACAAGAAAACUGACAACUCCUCAUACAGGGAUCGUAUCCCUCUGCGGAUUGUAAGGGCUGAAUCUGAGCUUUCUGCCUUGGAGAGGGCCUUCCUGGGGGCUGUUGAGAAGGGGGACUACGCCACUGUGAAACAAGCCCUGGAGGAAGCUGAGAUUUAUUUCAGAAUCAACAUCAACUGUGUCGACCCCCUGGGACGCACAGCUCUGCUCAUUGCCAUUGAAAAUGAAAACCUGGAACUCAUUGAGCUGCUGCUCAGCUAUAAUAUAUAUGUGGGUGAUGCCCUGCUACAUGCCAUCCGUAAAGAAGUGGUGGGGGCUGUGGAGCUGCUACUCAAUCAUAAGAAGCCAAGUGGGGAAAAACAGGUCCCACCAAUUCUUCUGAACAAACAUUUUUCAAACUUCACCCCAGAUAUCACUCCAAUCAUCCUUGCGGCUCACACCAACAACUACGAGAUCAUUAAACUGCUUUUGCAGCGAGGUGUUUCCAUACCUCAGCCACAUGCUGUACGUUGCAACUGCGUGGAGUGUGUGUCCAGCUCAGACGUGGAUGGCCUGCGUCACUCGCUGUCUCGUCUUAACAUCUACAAGGCCCUUGCCAGCCCAUCUCUCAUUGCCCUCUCCAGUGAGGAUCCUUUCCUCACAGCUUUUCAGCUCAGCUGGGAGCUGAAGGAGCUCAGCACAAUGGAGAAUGAGUUUAAGUCAGAGUAUGAGGAGCUGUCCCAGACGUGUAAACAAUUUGCAAAGAACCUCUUGGACCAGACUCGAAGCUCUAAAGAGUUGGAGAUAGUCCUCAACUACCGUGAUGACAUCAAUCCUCUGUUGGAUGAGACCAGUAAUGAUCUGGCACGACUGAAACUGGCUAUCAAAUUUUCCCAGAAAGAGUUUGUUGCUCAGCCCAACUGUCAGCAGCUGCUGGCAUCUCGUUGGUAUGAUGAGUUCCCAGGCUGGAGGAGGCGUCACUGGGUGGCAAAACUCAUUACAUCCUUCUUCAUUGGCCUUGUCUUUCCACUGCUAUGUGUCUUCUACCUGAUCUCUCCAAAGAGCCGCUAUGGCAUGUUCAUCCGUAAGCCCUUCAUCAAGUUCAUCUGUCACACUGCGUCCUACCUGACCUUCCUCUUCCUGCUCUUCUUGGCCUCACAGCAUAUAGCUACUAGAGGUCCCAACGUACAAGGCCCAGCACCCACCACUGUGGAAUGGAUAAUCCUGCCCUGGGUGCUUGGCUAUAUAUGGUCUGAGAUCAAGCAGAUGUGGGACAGUGGUUUUCAAGACUACAUAGAUGACUGGUGGAACUUCAUGGACUUCAUAAUGAACGCUUUGUACCUUGCAACCAUUUCUCUGAAGAUUGUUGCCUAUGUGAAGUACCGUGGGUGUAAAAAGAGAGAGAACUGGGAAAAGUGGCACCCGACUUUGAUGGCAGAGGCACUGUUUGCCAUCGCCAACAUCUUCAGCUCCUUGCGUCUCAUCUGCCUUUUCACUGCCAAUUCCCAUCUGGGCCCCUUACAGAUCUCACUGGGUCGCAUGCUCUUGGACAUCCUCAAGUUUCUCUUCAUCUAUUGUCUAGUACUGCUAGCCUUUGCCAAUGGCCUCAACCAGCUCUACUUUUAUUAUGAAACACAUGAGAAGGGUUGCAAGGGUAUUCGCUGUAGUCCUCAAAACAACGCCUUCUCAACGUUGUUCGAGACACUGCAGUCAUUAUUUUGGUCUAUAUUUGGUCUGAUUUCACUCUCGGUGACCACUGUGAAUGCAAAACAUGAAUUCACUGAGUAUGUGGGCGCUACCAUGUUUGGCACAUAUAAUGUGAUCUCCCUGGUUGUGCUUCUGAACAUGCUAAUUGCAAUGAUGAAUAACUCCUAUCAGCAUAUUGCUGAUCAUGCAGAUAUAGAGUGGAAAUUUGCAAGAACAAAGUUGUGGAUGAGCUAUUUUGAAGAAGGGGGGACUUUGCCAUCUCCAUUCAAUAUAAUUCCCAGUCCAAAGUCAAUUUAUUAUCUAAUUGAAUUGAUAAAGACACAUCUGUGUAGGAGACCAAGCGUAAAAAGGCUUGAAACCUUUGAAACCUUAGGGAGACGUGCAGCCGACAAUGUAAGAUUGAACUACAAGUAUCAGGAGGUUUUGAGGAGCCUUGUGAAGCGUUAUGUGGCUGCAAUGAUCAGAGAUGCCAAGACAGAGGAAGGGUUGACAGAAGAGAAUUUCAAGGAGCUUAAGCAGGAUAUCUCCAGCUUUCGCUAUGAAGUCCUGGGAAUGAUGAGGGGUAAAUCUCAUAGUGGGGUAGCAGGAACAGUUGCAAGCUCCACCAUGGCUUAUCCGGGUAACUCUUUCAAAUAUUCUCCCAAAUUUCCUAUCGAUGAGCCUCAACAGACGCUGAGCAUGUUUGAUGUGGUCACCAGUGCCCUGCAGAGUGGCGCUGCCAACACCACCAGCUCUGUUCACUCUAACAGGCUAGCCAAUGGUUCGGUCGUUCCAUCCAGUUCAGAAAAGAUUCAGAAUGAGCUGUCCGAGGAUGUCUCAAAUGCUGAGCCCCUCCAGAAUGAGCUGUCCGAGGAUGUAUCAAAUGCUGGGCCCCUCCAGAAUGAGCUGUCCGAGGAUGUCUCAAAUGCUGGGCCCCUCCAGACAGAGAGCAGACGCUCCUCUCAGAAAUGUGAUGAAACAUCAGAGGAAGAUAUGUCGGGAUGUGGUGGACAAAACCAAGAAAAUAUUGAGACUGAGAAAGUAAUUGUGGAAGUUUUACAGCAAGUGGAAAAGGACAUUGAGGAGAUUGAAUCUUCUUGUGGAGAAGUCACCCAGGAAGCUGUAAAUGGGCCCAAAAACUAUAAAAAUUAAUCGGCAAAUGAAGGACGGAGAGCUACUUUUUGUUUUUUUACUUGAAUUCUCUUAGCUACCAGUUUUAAACUAGUUGAUUGAAAUAUACUGACUCUUAUGGUAAACAAUAUUGAAGUUGUAUAGACUGAGUUUAAACAAUCUUCACUGCUGACACACACGAUGGUACAAUAAUGUUAUGUUUUUUCACAUAUUACAUCCUUUCGCCUCUAACUGAUAAAGAAUACAAAAGUAAAUGAGAAUUGACCUCAAUGAGUAUUCAACUGACACUCAAGCAAUUGUGUAACAAAUUUGUAAUUCAUGUUUUACCUUGAACCAAUAAUUCAUCCUCUACCCUUCCACCUUAAACUCUCCUCUUAUUGUGAUAUGCGAAAAUACUGUAUCUUAAAUCUUUGUAGAAAAACUAUUACUCAUAUGCUGAAAGCAUCCAGUUCUUUUUGCUAUAAGUAAUAUACCAAGAAAUAAGAAACUUAACACAAUAAUAUCAAGUUCACUUUAUUUAGUGUGUGAGCUCAUUUACCAUUUACUGUCUAGCUAAUUCAGAGUUUAGGAACAGUUUCACCUCUAGGGUGAGAGGGAAUGUUUUACUCCUAAGUUUGCUGCUGUAACAGAAGAGAGAUGAAAUAUGUUUCAGGAUGUAGUCUUCAAUUCCCUCAAGUCUUCUUCCUCUAUGUCAGCUACAGUACCUUGCAAACUUAAAGGUGUAUAAGGGCUCUUCUGCAAUGUGCAAUUUAGCAAUGUGUCAUGUAUCGAACUUACUCUGUGAUUAA